CGCAGGCACGCCGAGGGCACUCGAUAGAUAUUUGUUGACCAGUACAUGAAGACGGAAGGGGUCUGUAAACUGUGCAGUGCCACCAGUGCCCCACUUAUAACAAUGCCGAUCUUUAUUACUCCACCUACGAAGAAUGCAAAUUUUCGUUCCUUCACUGUUGAUGCUGGGAGACGGGUAAUCUGGAAGAAGAAAUCAAUUCAGGGCAGGGACGCCUGCAGCAGGAUUCAUAGGGACACUUAUUUAGAAAGUAGAUUCCGAAAAAAAUCCGAAUCGCAGGCCCUCUCCAGGUCAAGGAGCCCUGCUUUGGGAGGUGUAGUAAUGGUGACAUCCCCACCAGCGCUCAUGGUGUUCUUGGAGAAAGGUUACGGUGUACCUGGAAAAGUCGUGAAGGAAGCGAUGCGCAGAUGCCCCUUUUGGAGUGACUGUCAAUCUAAGCUCUUAGAGAAGAGGCGUCUCGCUAUUCCGUGCGUUUCAUUCCUUAGAGUGAGGUUGGUGAGUUAGAGUCUUCUUCUUUUUCAUAAAAAUGUUCCUCCUCUACAGGAGGACGCCAGCUGGAAAGUCAAGAGGCAGAGGGCAGAGUUAGGCAUCCGUUUUCGAACGGUCCUCCCAGAGGGGCUCGCCCUUUUAGACUGCCUCACCCUCGCGCCGAGGGUCCCCAGCCAGUCGGGGGUUCCCUGCAGCCGGCGCUGCGUUCUCCCCGCCUCCCUGCGCCCUCGCCCUCCGCCCGGGCGGCGCCCCGGGGGCUCGCGGUCCGGCGCAGCCUCUUUUGGCACCGAGGCCUCCAGGUGUCCAGCACCAAGGCGGAGCCGGGCUGCAGCCGCCUCCCCGGCGCCAAGGACCAGACCCCGGGGAGUUCGGGGCCCCAGCGCCGCGGCUCCGGCGUCCCCAGCUCCCCGAGGCCCUCCGCGCUCCUCCCUCCCGACGCGCCGGGCGCGAAGCCUGCGGCGCGCGAGCCGAGCGCAGCGCGCAGAGCCGAACGGCGCACGCUGGGCAGUGGCCCGGGCCGCCCGGAUCGCAGCCAGAGUCGCCUCGAGCCCGCCGGCCUGCGGGCGCCCGCACCAUGGCAGCCGAGGGACCUGGCCUCCGCGCCCGGCUCUGGGCGGCGACGCUGCUCCUGCUCGCUCUGCCGCGCCUCUCUGUGCGGGCGGAUGGGAAGCUCUUUGUGUUGGAGUCUCAGAAUGGCUCUCAGGGCCUGGAACUGGAGGCGGCUCGGCUUUCCUGCAAGAACAGGGAUGCUCGCCUGGUGUCUGCGGAUGAGCUGCGGAGAGUGGUCCAGGAUUGCGCCUUCGCGGUGUGCACCACGGGCUGGCUGGCCGACGGCAGGCUCGGGACAACCGUGUGUAGCAAGGGGAGUGGGGAACAGCAAAGCUUGAGGGCUGUUGACGUGAGAAUUGACAGUACCCCUGUUCCUGGCGGCACAUACAAUGCCCUUUGCAUUAAGGAUGAAGAGAAGCCGUGCGGAGACCCGCCUUCGUUCCCACACACCAUCCUGCAGGGACGCACCGGCUUGGAGAUGGGGGAUGAGCUGCUGUAUGUGUGUGCCCCGGGCCACGUCACGGGCCAUCGAGAAACCGCCUUCACCUUGCUGUGUAACAGCUGUGGGGAGUGGUACGGCCAGGUGCAGGCCUGCGGGAAAGAUGAGGCUGAGGCACACAUUGACUAUGAAGAUAAUUUCCCUGAUGACAGAUCCGUGUCAUUCAGAGAGCUCAUGGAGGACUCCCGGACAGAGGCAGAGAAGGAUGGGCAUCAGGGAGAGGCCUCUGAGGAGGCUCCGAAGCAGGACCGUCUGGUCUCCAUUUCUGUGAGGAGAGAAAACAUAGCCCGGGAUACAGCCUUUGUGCCAACUGCAGGCUUGCCCAGUGCUGGGAGCAGUGUCCCCACAGACCUGCCAGGAUCCCAACUAAACCAGAAGUACUUGUUCUGGUUUCCUGGUGAGACCUUCCACAAGCCUGAAUUGGAAAAGGAGAUAGAUGAUGACACCAAAAAGCAGUUUCCUGCUGGAGACCACAGUGGGAUAACAUUGGCUCCGGGUGAACCUGAAACCAAAGUGAUCUAUAGCAGCACUGAUGGUCCCUCAGUGCCAUUUGUGGGCAGCAAUGACAGCAAGGCAGGGGAUCCAAUGGUGAGCAGCAGCGAUGGGUCCUGGUUAGAUGGCUACCCUGUGACCGAUGGGGCUUGGAGGAAGACAGAAGCAGAAGAGGCAGAAGAGGAGGAAGAUGGGGAUAAGGGGGAUGGGUCAGUAGGACUGGAAGAAAGUAUUCUAGUUACUCCCAAUCAGCCCAUUCUUGUGGAAGUUAAGAAGCCCAGAAGUACCACCCUCAUACCAAGUGAGGACAUGACCCGUAGUUCAGUUGUCCUAUCUCAAACACUAGAUGUAGAAGCUUUGGCUCUCAGACCCAUGAAUGUGUCUGAAACUGAGGGUCCCAGCAAGGGGAAUGGUGACUUGAUCACCAAGUACCAGUCAACUGUUCCUUGGAGAUUUGCCACAGAGAAGCCUCCCGUGGUUACUCUACCUUAUGAACUCACCAGCUCUACCCUGGAGACUGUAACAACUGCUGUCCAGAAGAUGCCUAACCACAUUCCCUCAACUGCUAUGGCGGCCACCCAGACUCCCAUGGAAACCACUGCUCCUGAGGUCCAGGAUAGCUUCCCAUACCUACUGUCUGAGGACUUCUUGGGACAAGAAGGCCCCGGCCCAGGUGCCAGUGAGGAGCUUCUUCCAACCUUGGAGCCGUGUGUAGGGGAUGAGUGUCCCAGCCUCAGCAGAGGCCCCGUCAUCGCCACGGUUGUCACUGUCCUGUGCCUGUUGUUGCUCCUGGCAGGUGUGGGAGCAGUGUGGGGCUACCGCAGGUGCCAGCACAAGAGCUCUGUGUACAAGCUGAAUGUUGGCCAGCGGCAGGCUCGGCACUACCACCAGCAGAUUGAGAUGGAGAAAGUCUAGCCACCUUUGGAGUGGGCUCUCCCAAAGCCACUUGGGAGGAAAAGAAACUGUGACACAUCACAUGGAUAAACACUGAUAAUUCACUAGAGCAUGAAACAGGUGGAGUAGGGCUCAUCUUUUUCUCAGGUGUUUGUUUUAUAGGCUGAGAAGUAUCUCUGGAGGCACCUGGCAGGGCAGGAAGGCUUUGGUGGCAUCAUCACGCACGUUAAUAUCUCCUCAACCAUCUGCCCUGGAAUGUAUUGCACUAAUCCCAGACCUGUGCUUGGGCCUUAACUCCAACGUCAGGUCAAAACUCACCUCUUGUUUCAUCAAACUAUUGUCUUCUUUUCCUUUUUUAAGAAAAAAAAAUUACUGACUCCAUGACCUGAAAUUUUUGAAAUAGGCUUGAUAAAUGGAGCAUUUGAGAGCAGUGUUAUUUAGGAUAUAGAUAUUUACUUGUUGGGAGUGGGAUACAGAAGAAUAAUGGGUUAUUUCCUUUUAAUCUUGUGAUGUUGCUGAGGGCAAAUGAGCCAAGAACCAGGACAUAGUCUAGAAGCUUUGAGAUUUCUCUUUGUUUGUUGAAACUGGACAGAAUUUAAGACUGACAUUUUGUUGCAGGGGAAGUGAGGAGGGGCAGGACACACAUCCACCUCUGUUCCCUCCAUUCUGUGGGACAGCCCAUCAUUUUUUUAAAAACAAGGUUGGCUUUGUACUAGUAAGCACCAUUUCCUCUCGGAAGCAGUGGCCUAGUUGUCCUUGACCAGUCUGUGCCUAGGAAUGUCUUAGAAUUUUUGCCAGGACUAACAAAACUCAGUCCUUGGUUUCCUCUCUCAGGAUUAACCAUUUCUCUGAACUCCAGUAAGAGGGAAUGACAUGGGAGGAAAAAAAUGUUUUAAGAGGGCCAAAGGAGUAGGAUAUCUAUGGGUACCUACUUGAUAGAGAAGCAGAUUAAUUAAAAAGGAAUAUGAAACCUGUGCCAAUCUAUUCUUUACUCUAUUUUGGCAACUGUGAGCUCUAUGUAAACAGCAUGAGUCCAGGAUGGAUUCAUCCUGGCUACUGAGCAACCCAUUUCAUAGCAUCUAGAUCAGCUUAUGGUGACUCAGCAAGGCUUGUUUACAACAAUGGUCCUCAGAGUGCGGUCCUCAGACCAGUGCUCCAAUAUCACCUGGGAACUUGAUGGAGCUGCAAAUUCUCUGGUUCCACCCCAGACUUAAGAAGCAGAAACUCUGAGAGUUGGUCCCAGCUAUCGGUGUUCUAACUAGCCCUCCAGGUGAUUCUGAUGCACACUCGGGUUUGAGAACCAUUGGUUUAUGAUAACAUAAAUUUUGUGCUUUGAGGCCAACUGAAGUUCCAGUGGCACAGAAGAUGAGUAACACCUGUGGCUUGUCUUGCACGGAAGUCAGGCAUCACAAUGUGUACCUGAGGUAGCAUUUGAAGCUGCCGAAAUACCAUCUCCAAUGGUCUCCUGUGUAAUGGCACAGAAAAAAAACUCAUUAUAUUUUUCUGAAAUAGUUUUCAGCAGUAAAAAGUGAUGAAGGCAGUACAUUUAUUUUAAGACAGUCUAAGAGUCCAAGUGUUUUUUGUAGCAUGAGAGAAAUCCUGAACUUUUUUACAAUGGAAAAAUUGUUGGUGAUGUUUUACCUAAGGAAAAAAAGAAUUCUCGCAAUAUGUUUUCUACCCUGCCACCUCUUUUUUGGUGCAAGUUUUGGAAAAAUAAUAGGCUAAGUAGCUAUAAAGUUGGUACAGCAAAAUCAAAGACCCCAGUCCCCGUUAGUCAGUAAAACGAAGGCCUAAAGGUACCAAAUGGAAUACCUAUGUGUCAGAUGAAAUCUAGAACAAUAGGAAUGAAAUGCUUUCUGCAUGUAGCCAAAGCAAAAUACAAAGAAUAAAAGCCAGAGACUGUAUAUAUUUAUAAAUUAGAUUCUUUUCUAAUCUAUUACAAGAUAACUUUUCUAUUUGUAACUAUAUAAAAUAACCUCCUUCUCAACAUUGGCAUCGUGUUAUCAACUAUUAUUAUGUAAUAACCCAAGAACAUUGACCUAAUACCAACACAAAAAUAGGUAUUAUUAAUACAAACGUAUUAAUAAAUUUAUUACAAAUACAUUAAUACAUAUAAAUGUAUUAUUUUGUAGACAUGAACUGCAAAAUAGACCCAACACAUCAGUUUUUAAAUUUUUAUUGAUUUGGUGUAAUCUAAGUUAAAAAUGCAUGUAGAAAGGGAAUGAUUAAAACACUGUAAACCUAAAUUGUAUGUCAUUAAGCAUGUUUUGAGACUGGUAAAUGUUUAAUAUUCAUGAAAAUUGGGUGGGGGGAUCCAUUAACACAAAGCUUCUGAGAUAUUUAAAAUAAAUAAAUAUUUCCCCAAAGAG